AUGGAAAAUCUCAAGGUUCAUAAAUUUCUACUCAGAAGAACAAGUGAGCAAACAAACCAUCCAAAGGUAGGGCUAGAAUUCAUAGAGCUUAUUUUAUCAGCUUUAAAAAGAAAUAAUCAAAAAUUUUAUUUAAAUAUACCAGAAACAAUUGUCUAUCUAUUCGGCUGCAGUGAACCCCACAUGAUAUACACAAAAGACAACGGACAACUAUCAUGACAUGAAGAAAUAACUUCAAGCAGGUAAACAUUAAUUAGUGUGCGUCAAUUUUUUAAGCGCUGCUAUUAUUUUAAAAGAGAGCAGUUUCCUGUUAACAUAAUAAAAUCAGAUAGAGGUAAUUUUUUUGACUCUUGCAAAUGCUUGAUGAGCACAAAAGAGUGCUAUGGGAUUUGGAAGCAGCAUAUUACUCAUUUUCUAAUAAAUGCUUAUAUUAUAUUUGCAUAAAUAUUAUAUAGAUAUAAAACAAGCAUUGAUAAUAAAAAGAAUAAAUCAGGAAAUCCAAUCCUAGUACAAAGAUUUAUAAUCUGCCCAAAGAAAGAAAUAUUUAAGAUAAGAAUCACGUAUAUCCCUCCCAAAGGCAUUUUUUAUUGUAAAUUAAUAAAGAAUAGGAUUGAUGUUCUAGGAGAACCUGCCAAUCCUAUAGAAGGCAAAAGUGGCUGGAAAAAAUUUAGAAAAUUUUACUCCCAUGAGCCUAAAAAAGUUUUUACAGCUGAAGAUAAAUUCUUGGUCAGAAAAACUCGAGACUCAUCUUAUACUGAAAGCGAAUUUAGUAUAAAUGACUCUCUGAGAUCACAAAUGGAGACUUUGAAACGAAUAAUAGAAAAAGGCAAUUUUAUUAACGGAAAAACUAAUUGCCUAGAGCUCCAAGCAGAUUUUGCACAAGAUGCCGAUGAAAAAUGGUACUUUCUAAAUUUGGUGCAUUAUAAAACUGAAUUUUCUAUCCAAAAGAAGCUGAAUCCAGCAUCAUUUGGGCUUAUUAUGGAUCGUAUUUCAAGGAGAACUGCGAAGUCAUCUUAUGGGAAGCACAAAAUCAGCUUAGCAGAUAAGACUGUUAUUUGCUCAUCUCCCAAUAAUAAGCAAGAACCUGCAAUUAGCGUCACAAACGCCAGACCUCUUUCAGCAGAUAAAAAGCGCAAUUCCAAUUUUCUUUCUCCAAAUACAUCUGCAGCUAAACUGCUAACAAUGUCAUCUAUGAAAUUAGAUAAUUCCCAAUCAAGCAUUCUUUUAGAAAUACCCCAUCUUGAUGAAAGCAGAAAUAGCUCUACAGAUUCAUUGACAAAAGAAGUUUUAAAAGACUUGCAAUCAUUUAGCAGGCGAGAAUUUGAAAUAAGAAAAAAGCCAAGAUCUAAAACAAUGAACGUGAUUAGGUCUAAAAUUAUACUAAUAAACAUCAAUAAUUGGAUACCUAAAAAUAUAAUUUUAUAUUCAGGAUAUAUCAGUAUAGAUAA